AUAACACAAUGAUUAUUAAACUGGCAAAAGUAAUAAGCUGUUCAUCAGAACAUCCAUCUUAUCCUGUGUCUAAUCUUCUGCAACACCAUUCAAAUUCUUCAUGGAGAUGUGCCAAGCCUGGAGAAAUGCUUGCCACUGUUAUUUUUCAGUUAGCUGAACCAUCAUGCAUUACAGGUUUAGACAUUGGUAAUUAUCGUACUUGUGUGAUAGUUGUUACUGCUUCUACAUCAGCAGAACCAGACAACUGGAUUCCAAUUGUAAACCACCAAUUUCUCACCCAUGAUGAGGCUGCAAAUGGCAAAUUUAAAGAUCAAGUACAGAUAUUCACUAAGAAAGAACUAAAUCCUGAAACAAUAAAAAUAAAAUUUGAUCGUGUGAAAGUAACAUGCAUGCAAUCAGCAAAUUUGAAAGAAUUAUUUGGACUAUCUUUUAUUGUACUGAAGACAGAAGUUACAGUUGAUUUAGGAUUAGAUAUUUUUGGAAGAUUUAAGCUGAAACAGCCAGAAGACAAAAAUAAAUCAACUGUGGAUGAUUUUAAAGAAAAAUAUUUAAAAAUGAUUGGCAAAAAAAAAACAGACUAUAAAGGAGAAUUACUUACAAAAGUCAAAGAAACUGGUAUGAAUAAUUUUUCUAAACGACAAGAAGACAACAGAGAACCAAUGAAAAGGCCACUAUUGGAAAAACUAGAAGCUGGAAAAGUAGAGGAAGUUUUUGAAUCUAAAAAUAAAGAUUCUAACAAUUCAAAUUCAGUAAAUAAUUCUAAAUGCAAGGAUGAGAAGAUUGCAAAUGAUAUAACAGCAAAAAGAACUCCAUUUGGUGAUAUUAUACCUCCAUGUGCACCUAAAGCAAAUAAACGAGACACGAAAGAAAACGAAAAUCUAAAAAAUGUAAAUUCGAAAAAACGUUCUUCAAUUUGUGAAGAAAGUUCUCUGGAAGAAAAUAUAAUCAAGAAGAAAAAAAACUGUCCUCAAUGUCAAGAUGCACCAGAAAACAAAAUAUGUAAAGAUUGUGGAAAAUUACCAGAACCUAAACCAAUAAUUAGACCAGAAGAAACUACAAAAAAGAAAGCUGUUGAAUCACAAAAGCCAAAAAAAUUAUUUUCAAAACUUUUUGAAGAUGUUUCAUUUUCACUUAGUGGGUAUGUUAAUCCUCAAAGAGACGAAAUUAGAAGAAAAGCUUUUCAAAUGGGUGCAAAAUAUAUUGCUGAUCCCAAUACAACUAAUAAAAAAUGUUCUCAUUUAAUUUGUGCCUUUAAAAAUACACCAAAGUAUCAGCAAUUAAAAGGACACUCUAAAAUUGUUUCACAUACCUUUAUUGAAGAUUGUUUUAAUGAAAAGACAAGAUUUCCUUGGAGGCGUUACGCUUUAGAUAAUACAGAUAGGACUGGGAAUGAAAGUGAAGAGGAAAUUUCGGGUAGUUCAUCUCCACCUAGAACAUCGAAUGUAUUUGAUGUGGAUACUGAUUCAGAUUCUAAUUAUUAA